AUGGCCAUCGAGCGUAUCCGGGACGAAAAUAAGACUCGUGGAGCUGCGGACAUUGCCAAGUGGUUCAUGUUUCUAUCAUUCGACGUCAUUGGCGACCUGACCUUCGGCGAGGGCUUCGGUCAGCUUGAAAGCGGCGUUAAAAACAGAUCCGUCAAUGACUUCAUCAGCCUUGGCUUCGUCGGCGGCCUGCGCUCCAUGUUCCCCACAAUCGCCUGGUUCUCCCUCUACCUCCCGAUCCCCGUCUUCCGCGACGCCACCAAGAUCCAGUACCGCACCUUCGACUACGCGCAGGGCGCGCUCGACCGGCACGCCACACGCGUCGAGGAGACCGGCGACGACCCCAAGCCGACCGUCUUCUCGAAGCUCUACACCGCCGGCGAGGAGGACAGCUGGUCGCCGAUCGAGAUCCGCGACAACGCGCAGGUCUUCAUCGUCGGCGGCAGCGACACCACGGCCAACUCCAUGAUCUACCUCAUCUGGGCCGUCUGCAAGCUGCCCGACGUCAAGAAGAAGCUGCUCGCCGAGCUGGCGACGCUGCCCGAGGACUUUGGCUACGAGGACCUCCGCGAGAUGCCGUACCUGAACUGGAUCGUCAACGAGACGCUGCGGCUGUAUACGGCGCUGCCGUGCGGGCUGCCACGGAUCGUGCCGGCGGGCGGGUCGGAGCUUGCGGGGCAUUUUAUUCCGGAGGGCGCGACGGUGACGACGCAGGCGUAUAGUUUGCAUCGUGAUGAGCACGCGUUCCCGGAUCCGUAUAGGUUCUACCCGGAUAGGUGGGAACAUACUACACAGGAGAUGAAGGAUUGCACCAUGCCUUUUGGAGGUGGAUCGAGGACCUGUCUCGGACGUCACCUCGCUCGCAUCGAACUUCGCCUGAUCACCGCUCGAUUCUUCCGCAACUUCCCCAAUGCGACUGUGUCUGAGUUGGAGGGCAUGUGCGACAAGGACAUGGAGCCUGCAUUGCACUUCUUGAUGGUUCCGAGCGGCCAUAGAUGUCUGAUCAAGCUCAAUGGCGAUGCAUAA